GCUCCGACAGGGUUUGGUUUUGGCUCCACUCCGGCUGCAAGCACCGCGACUGGGUUCGGUGGAGGCUUUGGAACCACUCCUGCAGCUGGAGGGUUCGGAUUCAGCACUCCAGCAACAUCCGCAUCCACUGGUUUUGGUGGGUUUGGAACAGCAGGUACCACAACAACUACUGGAACUGCCAAUGAUUUAUCCAAUAUGGCGAUGGCUGUGUCACUUCCUCAGAUCUAUGGAGAUGAACGUGAUGCCAUAAUCGCUAAAUGGAACCAACUGCAGGCCUUCUGGGGGACAGGAAAGGGUUUAUAUAAUCAAAAUGGCGUGGUGGAAUUCAAGGCAGAUAACCCAUUCUGUAGAUUUAAGGCUAUAGGCUAUAAUGCUAUAAAAGGAGUAGAAAAGAACACUGAUGGUUUGAUAAUCAUAACUUUAAAAAAGAAACAUUCGGAAGUGUGUAAAGUCCAACAACAAAUUGUGGAUGUCCUGCAUAGGAUAUUGGGUAGUAAACCAACGUUGUCUGUUUGUGUGGAAGGCAGCAAGCCUUUACCAGAUGAUAAAACUGAAUUAAUAUUCUACGUAAUAGAAAGACCCGCCUCAGGUCCAGCUAGACGUGUUCCAGCAUCGGAAUUAUUUUCAUUUUUAAGUCAGCCUUCCCAGAAAAACAGUCUAAUCAAUGAGCUCACUGUAGACAGCAUUUUACCGAAAAUGGAAUUAUCAGUGGAUCAGUUGAAAGAUUAUUUAGACACCCCACCAGCAGGCAUUGAUCCGUUACUAUGGCAACAAGCAAAGCUAGAUAACCCGAAUCCUGAAGAGUAUGUUCCAGUUCCAAUGAUUGGAUUUAAAGAAGUUCAACAGAGAUUGAAAUAUCAGGAACAACAGACCUCUCUUCAUCAACAACGUAUUGAUGAAAUGGGGGAAGAUCUGAGUGAGUUACAGAAUAAACACAGUAAUAUGUUAGCCAAACUAGAAGAGUAUAAACGAAAACAUUUAGAACUGGGUCAUCGCCUCUUACAGGUUAUAGUGAAACAAGAAGUUUAUCGUAAAAUGGGAUAUGCUAUACAAGCUGAAGAAGAACAUACCAAGGUUCAACUAGAAGCUAUACAAGCUGAGCUCAAUCACCCUACACAGUUUAAGGGCCGUCUGAAUGAGUUGAUGUCUCAGAUAAGAAUGCAGAACCAUCUGUUUACCAACAGACCAGACGUCAAUUAUCAUAUGGAUAUAGAGUUACAACAUGAAAUGAAACAGUUAUUAAAACAGCAACAAGAAGGUUUAGAACAUUUAAUACAAAUUAUUAAAGAUGAUAGCCAGGAUUUAGAUUUAAUAGAACAGGGUCUUCUGAAGAAAACAGUUCGAUGACGGCAUUAGUUAUUAGUUUAUCAUUUUCAUUGUUGUAUAUAUAUAUAUAUAAGGGAAAUCGUUCCAAUGGGCUCGGACAUAGAAUGGCCAAAAAGAACAUCAACUUAUGAGCUUAAUAUGUUGAAUUGGAAUGUUCCAGGAGCAUGUUUCAUCACUAGAGCUAUAGCACUUCUUAUCAUGGAUUCUCAACUACAAAGCCAAGUCAUUUGGUUCUCUGUAGAAUUUAUUCAUAUCACAUAACGGCAAAAUGUUCAUGUGUCAUGUUUUUUUUGUAAAUAAUCAUCUUUGUUAAAUAAAAAUUAUUCAAAA